CAGUAAAAAAAGAUGUGCAGGAAAAAACACCCAAAGAAGUGACUGAGGUUACUACCAAUAAGUGCUCUUCCAGUCCAGAGUCUGAUUCACCGGAACCAAUGAAGAGACUCUCCCCAUUUAGAGGAACAGGAAAGGAGCUGAAGACUCUUAGUAAAGCUCUAGCUCACACAAGGUAUCACAUCAAUUUGGUGAAGAGAGGUGGCCAAUACUUCCAUAUACUUCGCCAAGAAUCGCUGGAGAGGAAGAACACACUGAAAGCAGCUCAGCAGGCUCGAGGCAUGAGAUGGAGAACUGAGUUCCAGCCACUCAAUAACUGCUCUGAGGAGUCAGAUGAAGAAAUAAACAUUGAACAGCUUUUCCGACAGCUGUGUGCCAUCCACUGGCUUUUGGAAGCUUCGACUCUUGAAUCCAACAGUUCGAUGCAUUCCAUAUUAACCUGUUGGAAUCCAACGGACCCUGGUGGCUGUAAAAAAACAGCAAAAGAGAUGGAAGAGGAAAAGUUAGCAAUGUACAUGUGGGAGGUCUUUAUUACAAACCCAAAGAAAUGCAUCUGGAAAGCACAAUAUAGUCCAUCUAGGAGGAAGAUAAACAAGACAUCUACUCCAGAAAAUGGGUUUAAAGACAAGAUAAAUCCCAUGUGA